GCCGGAGAUGGUGACCACAGUGUCCCAACUUGAUCGACACGUCCAUUCGCACGGGGUGAUAUAGAACCAAAGCUCGUAUCGCUGUGGUGGAGUCGUUGCGCCUCAAUUGGCCAUUGACCUCGUUCGACGCAUGUCGGUAUACCAGCGAAUCCAGCGCGAGAUCGACACCCACACCGUGAUGCUGUACAUCAAGGGCACGCGGGAGGCGCCCGAGGCCGGCUUCUCGAGCCAAGUCGUCGCUGUCUUUCGCACACUCGACGUCGACUUUGGCGUCGCGAAUCUGCUCGAGUGCGCCGAGCUCCGCCAAGCGAUCAAGGAUUUCUCGAACUGGCCGACGAUCCCUCAGAUUUUUAUCCGCGGCAAAUUUCUCGGUGGCAGCGACACGCUUCUUGAAAUGUACAAGUCGGGCGAACUCGAGCGCAUUUUGGGUCUGAGCCCUUGAGAGACGCAGCCAAGACGUAGACAAGACGUAGAUAGAGGUCGCGCCUGCGGCAUAUAAAUAUAGUUGACUUCAUUAUUUCAAACGAGGCAAGGAGCUUGCG